UUAACCAGAGAAACAGAAAAAAGGGUUUCACAAACAAAAAACGCUUCUUCUUCUUCCUCGGCCGUGAAUUAGGGUUUUCAGAGAGCUUCAUCCGUCGUGCCGUGACUGCGAGGAGGAGCAAGAAACCGCGCCCUUUUCCAGAUUCGCGAAACAUUGCAAUUUCCACCGCAGAUUCGUGUCGCGAAAUCGAAAGAGAAGAAGAAAUGGAAGACAAGGGAAACCAGCAGGAACCAAAUGCUUCAAGUGCAGCGGUUUAUAAGGUACCUGGAGAACCUGCUGUUGUUAUCAAUGGGGUGCCUGACAUAACUCCCGGUGGCAGCACCACCCCUCCCCCCAAUCCUUUAAGCAUUGUUGAAUACCGCGAGCCUACGCUUUGGGGUGAAUUGUUUGAAGGGAGGGAAGUAAAAAAGUGGUUCAUGGGAAGAUUUUACUCGGGUACGGUAACUGAGUUCGACAAAGAGAAUCGGUGGUUCAGGGUUCGCUAUGAAGAUGGUGACACUGAAGAUCUUAAUUGGCGUGAGUUGGAUGAGGUGCUUCUCCCUUUGGAUGCUAAAAUUCCGCUUAAGAAAUUGGCAAAGAGUGUUGUUAAGAAAAAUGCAAAAUCUGCUAAGAAAUCUGCCAAGAAGGUUGCUGCUCAUUCACUAAGUCCCAAAAUCAAAAAGAAGACAACGAAAGGAAAACAGAUCAUUCUUCCUUGAUCAUAGCAAGGAGCUUUAGUUGAAAAUUUUGUGAUUUGUAGAUAUCAAAUUACAUAGCAUGUCAUACAUAGUGGCACCACACAAAGCAAUUAAUCGAUUUUGAAAUGGUCAAAAUGAAAGAGCAAUUAGGAAAUUGGUGCUGAGGGAAACUAAAAUUUUGUUGUUUUGUAAGUGGGGAACUGGUCCCCAAGAAUAUUCGAAUGCUGAUGUUAUAGUGUCGAUUGACAUUAUUUUGUUACCUGAUGAAUUAGAUUUUAUAAAAGCUUCAAAGAAAUUUGCUUAUGAUGAA